AAAAGCUCAACCUACCAACACCAUGGUCAGUUCCUGUUGUGGCUCCACCUGCUGUGGUCCAAGCUGUGGCUCUGGCUGCUGCCGGCCCAGCUGCUGUAUUUCUAGCUGUUGUCGCCCCACCUGCUGUGGGUCCAGCUGCUGCCAACCUUGCUGCUGCCGCCCUACCUGCUGCAUAACUAGCUGCUGUCGCCCCAGCUGCUGCCAGCCCUGCUGCUGCCCCACCUGCUGUAUUUCUAGCUGCUGCCAACCUUGCUGCCGCCCUACCUGCUGCACAUCUAGCUGCUGCCAGCCCUGCUGUCCCCCCUGCUGUUGUAUUUCUAGCUGUUGUCGCCCCAGCUGCUGCCAGCCUUGCUGCCGCCCCACGUGCUGUAUUUCUAGCUGCUGCCAACCUUGCUGCCGCCCUACCUGCUGCACAUCUAGCUGUUGCCAGCCCUGCUGCUGCCGCCCCACCUGCUGCCAUAUUACCUGUUGCAGAACCAACUGUUGCAGACCAGCCUGCUGUGGGACUUCUUGCUGCUGAGCUCUCACACCUCUGUUCAAUUGCUCACCAUUCCUAACUAAUGUCAGCCACCACCUCCCUUCUUCCUUCUUGCUUCAGGGCAAGGAGAGCUUUCAUGGCAAUCCAAUAGGAAACAAUCCACACCUUGAUUUCUGCAAUGAUUAGUUUUCUGUUUACCUCCUUGUUCUACAUGGAUAUCAAAGUUUUAUCUCAUUGAGCUCCAUCAACUAAAAAUCUUACCUAUUCUCUUAAACCCUCAAGAUCUUCCUUCCUCAGCUUUGGUCACAAAACUUGGCUCUGUGACAGGAACGUCAUUGCUCAUGUUUUAGCUCACAACAAGAUUUGAAUACAAAGAUUCUCAAGGUGUUUCUUGUCCAGAUUCCCUCUCCUAACCGUUGCUUUUGUCUUAUUGUUUGUCAACUUGCAAAUAAA